GCUGGACAGGAGCGAUGGACCGGCUUUGGCCCUUGGUCCUGCUCUGGGAGCUCCUGACCCUCUGCAUCACUGCCGGGACCCCUGAGGUGUGGGUGCAGGUUCAGAUGGAGGCCACUGAGCAACUGUCCUUGGCUGUUUGCUGUGGAUUCCUGGGGUCUGGCUCCAUCUCCCUGGUGACUGUGGGCUGGGGGGGACCCGAUGGUGCCGGAGGGACCAGGCUGGCUGUGUUGCACCCAGAAUUCGGCACCCAGCAGUGAGCCCCUGCCCACCAGGCCCGCUGGGAAACCAGAAGCAGCGUCUCCCUCAUGUUGGAGGGAUCCGAGGCAAGAAGCCCCAGUGCCAACACUACCUUCUGCUGCAAGUUUGUUUCCUUCCCUGAGGGCUCUCAGGAGGCCUGUGGGAACCUCCUGCCCAGCUCAGACCAAGGGCUCCCUGCCCCAACUUCAGCCCCCAUUCUGAGGAUGGACCUGGCCAGGAUCUUGGGGGUCUUGGUGGUCCUCCUCUUCGGCUGCAUUUACAUCCUCCACCUCCUGUGCCAGCAGAGGCAUUGGUCUGUCGCUAAGCUUCAGCCACCUCUCACCAGCCCCCAGGCACAGACACGAGCGCAGGCAGACAGCCAAGCUUCCCUGGCCUCUCUCCACACCUGCUAUGCCACCAUCAACAGCCUCUGCCCAGCAACUCUGGACAUGGUCCACUCACACCAGCAACUGUCCCAAUGGGCACCACUCCCUGUCCACACUGCACAUGAACCCUGGGCAUCUCUGCCAGCCUGUGUGUGCAGCAGUUUCAUCUCUGUUGAAAAUGGGCUCUAUGCGAAGGCAGGGGAGAGGCUGCCCCACACUGUGCCCAGCCCCAAGUGCCAGAACCAGCAGCAGAUGGAAGGGACUGCUGAGAGCACCGCCUGGCAGUUGGUCCCCAAGAACCCACUGACCCCGACUGUCUGUUUGCCCUGGAACUCUCCUGCCUGGGUCCAGCCCCCACCGCCCUCUGACCCCACUCUGGAGAUUGUCUCCAGUCCCAUCCCGGUCCCACCGCCUGUAUCCCGCAGCUCCUCCCAGUCCCCGUCGCCCAUAGUUCAGUUCCGGCGCCUCCUGCCCGACCCGCUGGAGCCCCCUGCCGUCCUUUCCUUCAGUGCAGGCUGGCAGGCCAGCUCCUGCCCUCCUCGUGGCCCACUGCCCAUCCUGGCUGUCCCCGCCCCUCUUGUCUCCAUCCCCUCAGCUGUCACCGACCUGUACUGGCCCCCCAGGCCACCCAUCAAGGCCCCUUCCCUGCCCGGCCGAAGGGUGGUGAGAACAGAGAGGGCCCUGCAGAUCCAGUCUCGCAUUCAGGGGGCCAAGGGAGCAGCUGGGGACAGGAGGGGCCAGCCAGGCUUUGGCCUGGAGACUGUGGGGGAGGCCCUGCUGAGCAGGGAGAGAGUGAAGGGCAAGCUGGAGAUCUGA